AUGGCUAUCUUCAACACUCAUAACACAUGGGCCUUCGCCUUCGGCUUGCUCGGAAACCUCAUUUCCUUUGCCGUUUUCCUCUCUCCAGUGCCAACGUUCUAUAGGAUUUGGAAGAAGAAAACUACAGAAGGAUUUCAAUCUCUUCCCUAUGUGGUUGCGCUCUUUAGCGCGAUGCUUUGGCUCUACUACGCUACUCAGAAGAAAGAUGUCUUCCUUCUCGUCACCAUCAACUCCUUUGGUUGCUUCAUUGAAACCAUUUACAUCUCCAUCUUCGUUGCCUUCGCCAACAAGAAAGCCCGAAUGUUCACGGUGAAGCUCUUGUUGCUAAUGAACUUUGGAGGAUUCUGCUUGAUUCUACUCCUCUGCCAAUUCUUGGCAAAAGGAUCCACACGUGCGAAGAUCAUAGGAGGAAUUUGUGUCGGAUUCUCUGUUUGCGUUUUCGCUGCGCCGCUUAGCAUUAUCCGAACGGUGAUAAAGACGAAAAGUGUGGAGUACAUGCCAUUUAGCUUAUCCUUGUCCCUUACACUCAGUGCGGUCGUGUGGCUCCUUUAUGGUCUUGCUCUUAAGGAUAUCUAUGUUGCUUUUCCAAACGUGAUUGGAUUUGUUCUUGGUGCACUUCAAAUGAUACUUUACGUGGUUUUCAAAUAUUGCAAAACGUCGUCGGAUUUGGUGGAGCAAGAACUCGAAGCAGCUAAAUUACCAGAAGUGAGUAUUGAUAUGUUGAAGCUAGGUACACUUGCUUCUCCUGAACCAGCAGGGAUCACAGUCGUCCGAUCGUUAAACACGUGUCUUUGUGACGAUCGAAAGGCUGAAAUUGGAAAUGGCCAGGGAGUUAGAAACGGCACGCAUUUCACUACAACUACAUGA